AUGGUGAAUGUCCCGUGCACGCUGGAUUACAAGGUCCAAAAACGUACAGAGCGUAACUUAGUCCAUGUUCAUGUACACAAAACGACCACGGGCAAAAUGAUGGCCGAAAGCCUUGCCCGAAUCGAUCACCCGAUGCUCAACGUUAAGCGUCGCCGUCUCAUCAAUAUUUUAGUUGUAAAGGAGCACCAUUUUAUUUUCAAGGUCGACCUGUUCACCAAUAUAACUAUAUUGUGUUUCAUCGUCAUCAAGCAAGCACCGAUCACAUCCAUAAAAUGGUUCACCCUCGUGUCAACGGAGAUCGAAGGAGACAGUUUGAGCCUUGCCCGGGUCCAAUGGGAGUUUCGAACUCCGUUGGAGCGAGUAUCUGUUAGAGGCGACUAUCUCAGGCAGCCCCAAAGAAUGGACGAAGAUCCAGAUUUCAUAUGUCACGUAUUGACUCUUGCGCAGCUUCAGGAGCGCAAGCUCGAUUCGUCAAAACCAUCUGUUUACACCGUAUCUGAUUCGCUUCCAAUCCAUCUUCUCGUGACCAACGUAUUAGAUCGAGAAUACAUACUUUGUUACGAGGCCCAGAUAAUCACCGAGCUAUUCAAUGAGCUCAGGAACCCGAAGGAUGCGACAAGGCCCAUGAAAUGGUCUACAAUUCGACGGAGAAAAGUCUCAUACAAGUCUUGUCGUACCUUCGCCGGCCGACUCGUUGCCGGGCUUGUGGCGCCCAGUCCCUUACCCCCCCCCCCCCCGGCGGGGCGUUGGGGGCCUCUUCAAUCAGACAGAUGA